AUGUUUAAGAAGUUCACCAAAGAGGACGUUCACACCCGUUCAAACCUCAAGUCAUCAAUCCAGAGAGGGUUGAAAUCCAAGUUCGUCAGCCAAUACCCGUUGACGGAGCCUGUGAUUGACGACAUCUUCCCAAAGAAGUCUCAGAUAGAGCUGUUCAAGUGUGAGGAUAAGAUCCAGCUGUACGUUGUGGAUAACGAGGUUGUGUGCUUCCAGCAGUUUGACGAGCUGAUCCCGGCUUUGAAAUUGGUGCAUAAAUAUCCAUCUCUGUUCCCAACGCUGACGGUGGACCGUGGUGCUAUCAAGUUCGUGCUGAGUGGUGCCAACAUCAUGUGUCCCGGGCUGACCAGUCCAGGUGGUGAGCUGCCAGACGAUUCCUUGCCUGAGAAGACCAUAGUGGUGAUCAAUGCUGAAGGGAAGGAAAAUGCGCUGGCUGUAGGGCAAUUGAUUAUGAGUACAGACGAUAUAAAGACAAAGAACAAGGGUAUCUGUAUCGAAUCCUGCUGUUAUCUCGGUGAUGGGCUAUGGAAUUUUAACGUGUAA